UAUUAUCACUAUUAUUGUUUUAUGAUAAUUUCUCAUCAUACAGUGCCGUACAUGCAAGAUGGCGGAGCGAGGCCAACAAGACUUUAAUAGGAGUGCGUUGACAGUGCGAUGUGGACAGGCUUGGUACACGGGACAACGAGCAGAAAAAGUUCCCGGAGGAUUAGUGGGUAUCGUCGGCGACGAUUGCACGAGUUUAGACCUCUCCUACAACGAACUAACCUCUAUUACCGCCGUCAAACACUUUCAAAAGCUCCAGGAGUUGAUACUCGACAAUAACAAACUUCGGGACCUCAGAACGUUGCCUUGUAUUCCGACACUGACCACUCUCAGCUUGAAUAACAACAAGAUAACAGAUAUAGACGCCGCGUUAACGAGGAUACGGGAAUGUUGCCCGAACCUGGUGUACGCGAGUCUUCUGGGCAACCCAGGAUGCCCCGACCAGUUGACCAACCCAGCGUCCACCGACGACGAGGAUUACGAUCGUUACAGGCUAUACGCGAUCUACGUCUUACCACAAACUCUUCGCUUCCUGGAUUCGCGCCCUGUUACUCGUCAAGAAAGAAAGGACGCUGAAAGACGAGGGAAGUUUUCCAGAACAGUGAAACUGAUUCCAGAAUUGUCGUCCAAGUUUGUUCAAAACCCCACCGAAUUUGAUGAUAUAUUCUUCAACGUUCACUACUCCCCUCUGCCUACGUCACUGAGGAAUCCUCUUGAUCACAAAGGAGCAUUCGGGAAAUGUAAAUAUCGAUACUCAGGGAAGAACUCGGAGGGUAAUCGAUUCAUUUCAAAUAACGAUCUUUGAACGAAGACUGAGUCGGAAUUUUGGAUGGACUUUUUCUUUUUUUAUGUAUAGUUUAUGUUGGGUGAGUUCCCAAGCACAAGAGUUUACAUUGGUAGGGUUAGGAUUAAUCCUGAAUUAUCUUGGUGUUAGUGCAUCUUCCAUUAAUGAUAACUUUGUCAUUGCUGACGAUUUGAACUGUUCUGCCAAUGUAAACAAUUGUAUUUCGUGGAUGUUCAAACUUUUCGAAGUUUUCAUGUUGCACUAAUUCUGAUUGUAAUGGGAGCCGUAAGCAACGGACUGCGCAUGCGCACUUGCGGUUGAAUACAUACGUGGUGCUCUUUUACACUUCGUAUCAGUUUCUCUACGAAAAAUCAUCCACGAAAUAUAUUGUCGAAGAUGAAAAUUGGUGGAGUACCGAAAGGAUGCACAAAUUCUUUUAUACCUUAUUUUAAAAUCUCAAGUCCACGUGCCUGAUCAUUCCUUUGAGCUAUGAAUUUGUUUUAUAUACAUAUACAAACAUAUAUUUAUGCGUAUGGAAUAAAGUGAUAUACAAGAGAAGUAAA